AUGAGCUUUUCGACAUCGUCAAUCGCGCGCCGCGCCGACAGCCUCCUGGCUCCCGUCGCCCGCACUCUCCAGCACCUCGCCGCGCGCGACAGCUGCGAACCCGGCGACAACAGCUCCCGCUGCGAGAAGCCCUUCGCCUCGUCCAAGAUCAUCGGCAUCACCAUCGGUAUCACCGCCGCCGUUCUCAUCAUCGGCACCGUAGGAAUGUUGACCUUCCUCCACAUGAGGAGGCAACGCAUCGAGAGAAAGGAGGACGCGGUCGACUUCGAGCUCGACGGCGACGUCGACGACCACCCGACGAUGGGCAAGCCCCCCGCCUCGUGGCAGCGCAAUAACCAGAGACCGCAAGAGAACCCCUUCGAGCCGCAGCCGCACCAGCAGCCGCAGGAGAAUCCCUUCGAGCCGCCGCGACGGAACCAGGCGCACGCGGCUGAGCUCCCGUAA